AUGAAGAAAUUGCUGGAAGCGGCUUUCGACGACGAGGCAGAGAAGGGUAAGACUCGUCUCCGUUCUCGCAUCAAGAAGGUGGAGAAGCUGCAAGAGGAGGACACCAAGACUAAGAGUCUGGCCAGCAAGCUUGCUGCGCUUGGUGUGAAGCAGGAGGAAGGGGCCAAGAAAGAAGAGGAUGAAGACGAACAAGAAGAAGAAGACGGCACGGUUGAUGGACUCGCGGUCAAGCUGCUCCCGCAUCAAGUCGAGGGCGUGUCGUGGAUGAUUGACAAGGAGAUUGGCAAGACCAAGACGCGUGGAAUCCUGCCCAAGGGUGGUAUACUGGCAGAUGACAUGGGCCUGGGAAAGACUGUGCAAUCUGUCGCGCUCAUGCUGACGAAUCCGCGACCUGCGAUCGACGCGAAGCCAGAGUUCAAGGGACAAAAGCUACCAGGCAAAGAUGUUGGAAAAGGCACGCUCGUUGUUGCUCCUCUCGCGCUCAUCAAGCAAUGGGAGUCCGAGAUCAAGAGCAAGGUCAACAAGAGCCACGCACUGAAGGUUCUUGUCCAUCACGGCGCCAACAGAACCAAGAACAGCGCCGACCUGAAGAAGUAUGACGUGGUCAUCACCACGUUCCAGACGCUUACGUCUGAGCAUGCUGGAUCAAACAUGAACUCAGAGUACGGCACUCGUGUUGGCUGCUUCGGCGUACACUGGUAUCGACUGAUGCUUGAUGAAGCCCACAGCAUCAAGAAUCGCAAUGCGAAAUCGUCAUUGGCGUGCUGCGCGCUCAACUCUUGGUACCGAUGGUGCUUGACUGGCACACCCAUGCAGAACAACUUAGACGAAUUGCAGUCCCUCAUCAAAUUCCUGCGCAUCAAGCCUUACUGCGAGCUUCCGAGAUGGAAAGAGCAGAUCAUCAAGCCAAUGAAAUCUGGGCGCGGAGGUCUGGCGAUGAAUCGCCUUCAGGUCUUUCUGAAAGCUUUCAUGAAGCGACGCACGAAGGACAUUCUGAAGAAGGAUGGCGCCCUGAACUUCGGUGGCAAGUCUGCUACGACUGAAGAUGGCGAGGCAAAGAAUGGAAGCAUGCAGAUUGUCAAGCGUGAAGUCAUGACCGUUGAGUGCCAAUUCGAUCCUGUGGAGAAGGAAUAUUACGACCGCCUGCAAGCACGCGCCGACAAGCGUCUCGAGCAGAUGAUGGAAGCCAAGGGCAACGCAGACUACAUUGGUGCUCUCGUCCUUCUGCUUCGUCUGAGGCAGAUGUGUGAUCAUCCACAGCUCAUCGAAAUGGCGAUGGCCAAGGACAAAGACGCAAUGACAACAGGUCUGCCAAACGGGAAGCGAGCAGGCAAAAAUGAAGGCGACGAGAUGGAUGCACUGACUGCACUCAUGGGUGGUGUUAGUGUCGAGACCAAGAAUUGCGAUGUCUGCCAGAUCAAGCUCUCCGCUGCGGAGUCCAGGGAUGGAGCUGUGCGUUGCUCAGAAUGCGAGGCGGACCUCAAGGCUAUGAAAGGCAAGAACUCAGGCAAGAAGCAGAAGAAAUUGAGGAGCAAGCAGCGGAAGAGCAAGCCUGGCAAGACUGUCGACGACAGCGGGGUUGCUGAAGACGAGCCUAAACCACGUCGCGCGCGGAACCGGAAAGUAGUCAUCGACAGCGAUGAUGAAGAUGAGGAAGAUGGUGGUGAGUGGAUUGUUGGCAAGCAUGCUCGCAACGCUCGAAAGGCACCCGUGGAUAACAGCGAUGGCGACGAAGACGACGAGGGCGGCGGUGAGACGCUCGACACUAUUGAUUCCGAAAGGAGCGACGAGGACGACUCUCAAAUUAACGAUUCGCCUUCGCGUGCUCGCAAGAUGAAAGUCGUGGAUUCUGACGAUGACACGGAAGUGUCUGGCAUGAGUGGUUUCUCCAAGCCAAAGCACGCUCCAUCGACCAAGAUCCGACAGCUUCUUCGCAUUCUCCACACCGAAACACCUAAGCACAAGACCAUUGUCUUCUCGCAGUUCACCACCAUGCUGGACUUGAUCGAACCACAUCUCCGUCAUGCCGACAUCCGCUUCGUCCGCUACGAUGGCAGCAUGCGACCGGACGCUCGCGAGCAAUCACUCAACAGCCUUCGCAACGACAAAAAGACUCGCGUCCUCCUCUGCUCCCUCAAGUGCGGCUCUCUUGGCCUCAACCUGACGGCAGCCAGCAGAGUCGUCAUCGUCGAACCCUUCUGGAAUCCUUUCGUCGAAGAACAAGCCAUCGACCGCGUUCAUCGUCUCAACCAAACAGUCGAUGUCAAAGUUUUCCGACUCACGAUUCGCGAGACCGUCGAGGAACGCAUCCUCGAUCUUCAAGAAAAGAAGCGAGAGCUCGCCAACGCUGCCAUCGAAGGCGGUGCUAAGGGCAUGGGCAAUUUGUCUAUGAAGGACAUUUUGGGCUUGUUCAGGCAUGAUGCCGAGGCUAUCGAACAUGGCAACGACCGCGAGUACUGGGCAAAGUUUGGAGACGACAAUAGGCUCUUGGAUGGUCCGGCUCAUGUGUCUGCUUCCGGUCAUGUUAGGGACUUGUCGGAUGUGUAUGUCUAGACCCAUGCCGAAGGCACAGCAGAGUAGGAGGCUCGAGGAUCCGAUUUAUGGCAGGAGGUGGUAAGGUGAUUUCGGGGUUGGAUGAAGCCAUUGUGAUACCACUAUAAAGCGUUGGGCUGUGUGCCAGCUUGGUUUGCUUGUAUAGAUAGAUGAGGGGGCUUUUUUUUUCGUAUUUCGUAUGCUACGAAGCUCCCUUGAUAUGAAAUGAGACGCCGAUUCGUAUGUG